AAAGAGAAAGAAAUAGAUAAAGAACUUCAAAGUGUUGCUCACAACUCACAGUUAAGUCUUGAAAUAGAGCAACUUCAUGUUUAUAAUGAUAUCAAGGAUGCUGCUCAAGUUGUGUUAGGAAAAUUAGCCAAUCUUAAGGGUGCAACUGGUAAAGCAAAGCAAGCAAAACUUGCUAUGCAGAAAUAUGCAAAGAUGAAGAAGAUGAUAAGUUCAACUGAUGCAAGAAUAAAGAAUAAGAAACCAUCUACGAAGAAGAAACCUGAAGAUCCUCAUAAAAUAGAAGUUCGUGAAGUUCCUCAAGCUUCAUCUGCAUUAUUCUUUCAAUAUAACACUCAACUGGGACCACCAUAUCAUAUUCUUGUUGACACUAACUUCAUUAAUCAUUCAAUUCGAUACAAACUUGACAUUAUUCAAAAUAUGAUGGAUUGUUUGUAUGCCAAAUGCAUUCCAUACAUAACCGACUGUGUUCUUGGAGAAAUUGAGAAGAUGGGAACUAAAUUCAGUGUUGCUUUAAAAAUCAUAAAGGAUCCACGUUUUGAACGUAUUCGUUGUCUGCAUAAGGGAACAUAUGCAGAUGAUUGUUUGGUACAAAGAGUAACUCAGGUUUUCCAUUUAUUGGGUAUCCUUAUUGCAAUUCUUGCUGCUGCUGCUGUUUCUUCCUGCUUUACUUCUGAAUAUAUUGGAAUAUACACUAUUGAAAGAAUGCCAGAUGCCUAUGGUGCUCCAAAAGUGUAAAGUAAAUUUUAUAUUACUAAGGACAAAGAAUUGUAUGUAUAAAUUUAUGUAAUGUGUUUAUAAUAUUAAAAUCUGUAGUUCAAAACACUUGACCAGAUUGAACUCUUUGUAUUUAUUUUAUAAUAAAUGAAAAAAAGGUCUGAAUUAAACACUUUUGGUUAAUAAUUGGUUACAUAGCCUUUCAUAAUGCUUUCAAACUAUUGAAUCUUCUUUUGGACCCAUGAAUUUUAUAACCAGUCAACUAAACAAGUAGUCUUUGAAUUUAAUAUUUCAAUAUUCAUUAAGUCUUGAUUUGUGUUAUAAUUUUUUAGGAUUUAUAGUUUAUGUAAACCAUUUGUUAUAUAUCAAUUGGAUCAUGAAAAGCAGUUCUCAAUUUGAAAGAAUAUCAAUAAAUAAUUUCAAUCACAAAGAAUGUUGUUAAAUAGAUGAAAUAUUCAGUGGAUUUUAGAAUAUUUUGUUACCUUUAAAUCAGUCUUAUAUCUCAAUAUUUACUUUGUCAAUGGCAUCCAUGUAUCAACGUUUCAUCAGCAUAAUGAAUAAAGACAUUUCUGAUUAUUUCUCAAUUUUGAAAUUAUAUAUAGCUCCCCUUAUGUACUAGGUACAUACACUACAUAAAUAAAGAGAUAAU